AUGCUGGCAAUACCGGGGCAGGUGGAACUUGGAAGCAGAAGAUGGGAGGCGGGGCGGCAGACCACAGCGGGCAGAGCAGCACGUGCUUGCCCAAUAGUGCGCAACAAGGGGACGGGGAAGCUGCGCAGCGCGACGCGGUACUCCGCCCUCAGCACGACGUGCUUGCGCAAACGAGCACGAUGUGCGCCAGAGGAAAAGAGGGCGAGGUGGAGGGCGACGCAGACUCCAAAGGGCCGCAACGAGGUGGAGGUGGAGGCGGAGGGCGAUGCGGAGGGCCGCGACGUGGAGGAGGGCAACGUGGAGGUGGAGAUGGGCGACGCGGAGACGGAGGACUCAGAGGAGGUGGUGGUGGGGGACGCAGAGGCCGGGGACGCGGAGGCGGAGGACGGCGAGUGUGAGGGCUCGCGAGAUGACGCAGAGGGCCGGAUGGUGGGUGAGGCGGGGGCGGGCGAGGCGAACACGGGCAACACGGGGGAGGGCAGCGCGGGCGGAGGAGGUGGGCGACGUGGGCAGAGUCGGAGGCGGGCAGCGCGAAGGUGGGCGAUACAAACGGAGGGUAGCGCGGUAGUAGCCGAGACGGAAGUGGACGACGCAGAGGCGAAGGAGGGCCGAUACGCGCAGCGCGCAGGCGGAGGUGGGAAAUACGGAGGAGGUGGACGACGCGCGCGGAGGUGGGCGACGUGGUUGAGGGCGAUGGCAGCUCGGAUGGGUGAAGCGGGAGGGGAGAGCAGGUGGGCAUCGGGAGUGCAGACUCACCAGAACAAGGGCCGCGGUACAUCACCGCGGCCCCCAUAUCCUAAUCUCCAUGCUGAGGACGUCCGGAAGGACGUCCUCGUGCGGUGUGGAUGCAGCUGGCAAGGUGGGUGA